AUGGCUCUCAACCCCAUUCCCUCUUACAAGCUGCUUCCACCCAUCAAAACUCAUGCUAGCACAAUCCUUCACAAACCAAAACCUCCUUCAAAUUCUGCUUCUGCUUUACCCAUACUUGCCAUCAUAGUUCCCACCAUCUUUGUCACUGUUUUUAUACUCAUCACCUACUUAACUCUUGUCACCAAAUGCUUCUCAAACUUGUACCUAUUUCACCCCUUGAGAUGGUUUUUCUCCCUCCUUACCCCUCGACAUGAAGAUCAAGACCCCUUCAUAGCACUCUCUCCCAGGAUGUGGAGCCAAGGACUUGAUGAAUCUGCAAUCAAAGAAAUCCCAACACUUCAAUUCACAAAAGGAGAUGUUGAAAAGAAUCAUCAAAGUGUGUUGUAUGGCUGCGUGAUUUGUUUGACUGAGUUUCAAGAUCAUGAUAUGCUGAAAGUUCUUCCCAUUUGCAAACAUGCCUUUCACUUUCACUGCAUUGACGUUUGGCUUCAAACCAAUUCCAAUUGCCCUCUUUGUAGAUCAAGCAUUGUAUCAGGCAACACACACUGUCCAACGGAUCAUAUCAUAGCUCCAAGCUCUUCUCCUCAGGAUUCUCAAUUGCUCUCUUACGUGGACAGUGAUGAGGAUUUUGUUGUCAUUGAACUUGAGGGAGAACAUGAGGAAGCACUGCCACAGAUGAUGCAACAAGAAAGAAGUGACUCAAGGGAAAGAGUUGUAGAGAGUAGAAGUCACUCUAUUACAAGGAAGUGUCACCAUGUUUCCAUCAUGGGAGAUGAGUGCAUUGAUGUUAGGAAGAAAGACGAGCAGUUUUCUAUUCAGCCUAUUCGAAGAUCUUUCUCAAUGGAUUCAGCAAACGAUAGGCAAGUUUACUUGGAUUUUCAAACCAUCAUGCAACAGAAUAAUAGGCAUCUAAAAUCAGGCUAG